AUGAGAUUUUCUAACGUCGUUUUAACUGCAAUUGCCGCUGCCGGCGUACAGGCAGAUGAAGCCCUUUACACUGUGUUCUACAAUGAUGUCACUGAGAACGCCCAAGAGUAUCUGUCUUACAUCCAGGCCAAUACUGCGGCUGGUUUCACUGACCUCUUGAGUCUGUACACUGAACUGGCCACUUACACCGACGAUUCUUACACAAGUAUCUUUACUGAGGAGGAUUUCCCUGCGAGCGAACUUUCAUCGUUCGUUGUUAACCUGCCAUGGUAUUCCUCCAGAAUUGAGCCACAAGUUGCGGCUGCUGAAACUGGUGAAAGUGAGGAGGAAUCAGAGACUGGUGAAAGUGAGGAAGAAUCAGAGACUGGUGAGGAGACAGAAACUGAGACUGGAUCUGAGUCUGAAUCUGAGUCUGAAUCGGAGACCUCCGCUACUGGCACUGGCACUGGCACCUCCGCCUCUGAGAGCGCGGAGACUGAAACUUCUACCGACGCUGCUGUGUCUAUCGAUCACCCAAAGUCCACCUUAUUGAUGGGUUUGACUGCCGCAGUUGUCAGUAUCACUUUCGGAGUCUUUGCCUUGUAA